CCUUCAUCCAUACUUAUAUUUAUUUUUUAACACAGUUUAAAUUAACUAUGAUUAUUUAAAAAAAACUACAGUGAAACGAAAACUUUUAAAAAAAUCAACAUUAAAUAAUAUUACUAACGAUAUUUAAUAAAUAAAACAUUUCAAUCAAUGCCAACUUAAAGAAAAGAUACUUGUUAAUUUUCUGUCACUGAGUUGGUACGAUUGCACGCAUCAUACGAAAACAUUACUUUUGAGAGUACUCGAUUGUGCGAAGCGUUGCUGUAGUUGAAACAUUCAACGAUAGGCAUUAUGCCGCAUAAUGCGCUGUAGUGCUGUAAUUGGAAAACUACCAAUGACAGAUUGUUGUCAAGUGAAGGGCCGGCAUAAAACUCGAUACUCCGUGGUUGUGGUGCAGGCAGUUUGCAUUCGUAGUAAUCUGUGGCAUUCGUGGAUUCUCGUUUCGGAUUUCCUGUUGUGUGUGUUUAUUUGCGAUUGUUUUUUCUUUAAUUUAACUAUUUCGGCUAUCUAAUAUACCAUCGAUGUUACCAAAUAGCAGACCCCUUAUUACCAAGUGCUAGAGACCCUGUGCCACAAAAUCCUGAGAGGAUCAUACAUACUGCCAAAUUAUUCAAGAGCAGCUGAUACACAUUCACGCUGCAUAUAUAUACAAUAUACAUGCUAAAAAUGUAUGGACGCAGAACAAUGUCCUUUCAUAAUAAAUAUUUGUCAUACAGAAAAUAGCAAAAAAUGGAUCCAAAGUAUACCACGAAAGUUAAACUGGGGGCGGAAAUAUCAAAUUUUGGGGCUGUUUCUCAGGACUUGGUGUUGGACCUAUCAGGAAAAUAGAAAGCAACAUGGAUAAAUUUCAGUACAAGAAUAUUUUCGAACAAGCCAUGCGGGCAGCAUAUGCCGAGGAAAAAUUACCGGUCAUUUGGACUUUCCAACAGGAUAAUGAUCCGAAACACACUGCAAAAGUAAUAAAAGACUUUUUAAGUUGCCAGUCUGUGACAGUUUUGGAUUGGCCCUCGUAUAGUCCUGAUUUAAAUCAAUAGAAAAUUUGUGGUACCAGGUGAAGAAGACGGUGGCGACAAAACGGACUUCAAACAUCGAUCAACUUUACACAUCUUUUAGAGAAGCUUGGAAGCAAAUUCCGGUGGAAGCUUGUAAAAAAAUUGAUCGCUUCCAUGCCCAAGGGAUGUCGUGCUGUCAUUUCUGCCAAAGGACAUGCAACCAAAUAUUGAUACGUACCGGAACGUUUUAUAAAUGUGUUAGGAAUAUUGUGUAAUAAAGAUAGUUUCAAUCAUAAUUUUUUUUUUUCUAUUUCUUCUAAGCAAAUCGGGUGUCUUUAAUUAGCUGGCCAGCUAUAAAUACGUUAAAAAAGUUUGUGUUACGUUCCCAUAGUGAGCAGUGUCUAGACUACUAACGAACACAACUAUUUUUUGUCCCACAUUGUAAGAAUACAACGUCGUGUAUGAUUUAAUAAUAAUUAAACUAGAUUAAAUACCAAGUUUAGGUAAUGUUUCUACUAAUAUUUAAGUUUAUUUUAUGUUUCUAUAACUAAGUUUUUUGUGGUUAGUUAGGGGGUGUCUUUAAUUAUUUGACCACCACUGUAUGUGCCACAAUGACACCUUAGACUGGAACGGAAAUGAGUGAAAAUUCACAUUUGUGUACACACAUAGAGGUACACCAACCCGCAAAAACAAUACAGAUAAAUUCAAAGAAUCAAAUGUUGUAAAAGCCAGAUAUGGCGGGCACAUCCAAGAUAACAUGUUUGCUACUUCCAUUUUCGAUUUUCCUGUGCUCUUCGAAUGCCCUAUUGUGGGUAUACUGUUUUCGAGGAAUUAAAACGGUGCGUUUUGUUUGUAAUAGCAAAACCCAUGAGUGUUUGUCAUGGCAAUACGUGUCGGAGCGAGCCUCUCUAGGGUCCGACGUGUCCUCCUCGCCGACUCUGUGCCACGACACAGAGCGGUUGGCCGAUAUGCGCCUCUCGAUACUUGUGCCACCGAGAGCUAAACUAGGAUGCGGAAUUUGUAAAGGGCCCGAAUGGAAGCCAGGCAUUUUCGUACAGUUCGUGCGGGAAGGAGGCAUCGCGCAGGAGGCGGGUCUUAGACCGGGCGAUCAGAUCAUGUCAUGCAACGGCCAAGACUUCGCUAAUGUAACAUUCAACGAGGCAAUAUCAGCUAUGAAAGCGGUGGGUCGCCUCGAGCUGGUGGUGCGCGAGGGCGCCGGCACGGAGCUGGUGUCGCCCGAGAGCUCCGGCUACAACAGCUCGGCGUCGUCUGCGGCGGGGGAGCGCAGCCCCGCGGCCGCACCCGCACCGCCUGCGCCCCUGGCCCCGCCCGCGGCGCUGCGCAGGCGGCUGGCUAGCGUCGCGGAGGAAGCCGCCGACCGCGCCGAUAGUUAUAAUCAUUGUUACAGGUUAACAAUGAAUAGGUUGAAGAGAAGAACAUGGGACAGCUUAGAAUUCGAGUGGAAGAACGAUGAUAUACAUAAUUUUGACGCACCAUCCGACAUCGAGCCAGACUACGACUGCCCUAGUAUACCGAACAACCCCCACACCUUCGAGAACAAACAUAACCUACGCAAUAAAACAAAGAAAGACUUCAUUACCAGCCCCUCCAACCGAACUAUUAUCAAUCUAUCAGAAGACGGUGCCACAAUACAAUGUAGUUACGAAAAUAAUCAAUCGCCGAGAAAGAACACAUUUACGGCAAAUCAUACUAGGGAAAAUGAGAAGAAAACUAUUGUAGUGGAAGUCCAUCACAGUAGCGGUUUGUCGUGUGCAAAGACGAGUUGCAACUUUCCACCUCCACCAAUGAAGGACUUGACUGAUUCUACGAGUAUAUCGAGCUCAGCCACAUUAUCUAGUGCCAUUGCAGAAGAGAUCCAAAGGAGAAAAUUGAAUAAGAAAACAUCAAAUCCAGAGAUAAAAGUAGCGCCGGCGCCUCCAAAAAAACCUGUACCAAAGCCUGUGGACAAUGAUAAGAGGAAACAGCAUGACGCGUUAAUGGACGAGUUCAAGAAAGUGCAUAGGAAAAUGUUCUCAGGCCAGGAGAAAGAGGAGCCGAAAUGCGACGAACACACAACCGACUCGGAUAGUUUGGAUCGGCAGCAAACUUUGCCAUUGAGGAAAGCACAGUAUGACACGACGGAUGUUGCAACCAACAACCAUGCGCCGCUCAAGCGAGAAGCCACCGACAAUCCGCCGCCCCCACCGCCGAUGCCAAAAACGAACGGAGAAUCCAAAACAGUUACGAGUCAGAACUCAAUCACGAAACCCUUUAAUCAGGACGUAAUAAGAGCCCCACAUCUCCGAAAUGGAACCCUUACUAGGACUCCAACACCUGAUUAUAAUAAUAAAACCGGUCCGGUACAGUCUAAACUAAACGGCACUAAGGAUGAGAGAGCCGAACUGGAGUCUCUCGAGUCAUACAAGUUGAAGAAUCCGGCGAAUGUAUUACCAAAGCCACCAUCAACCUAUUUUAUGAGAGCUCCUAAUGGCACAGCGACUAUGAAGAAGAUAGCACGCCCAGUCUCUGUAACCAUUGGAGAAUAUGCCAACGGAGGUAGGCGGGAGCCGAUCAAGCUAGACUUUCUAAAUGGCGAUAAAUCCGAGGGAACUAAUGAUGCCGGUGAUGUGCCAAUUACCAAUAGGCUACAAUCUGAACUAGCACUUACCCUAUCUAGGUCCAAUUUGCGAAAAAAGACUGAGGCCUUGGCUGACACAGGUCGAUAGUUACUGCAUCCAAGAAAAAAGGAAGCCUUUUGGUAUUUGAAGUCAGCAAUUGUAAUGCAAUUUGAAAUUAUUUCUAAAAAACCCUUUUUUUGACAGCUAAGACUUGGUUAGAAUUUAAGUUUUCUACCAAAAAGUGAAAAGGUCAAAUGUGUAAUUUAAUUUAAAAUAUUAAACAGUGCCUGAAGAGGACUUAUGUUGAAUUAUAAAAUAUUAUUAUUAAACAAUAUUUAUUCAUUCCAUAUUAGUGCGUGUUUUAUGAAUUACUAUGCGUAUGUCCCGUGAUUCACUUAAUAGGAUAAUAAAUGUAUGAUGUUGAUUGUAUGAAUUACCUAAGUCAAAUUAUUAUUGAUAAUAAAUAAUUUAAUAAGUA